UUAUUUUCUGCCUGAUUCAACGUGAGCGCAGUUUCAUGUAGAGGAAUUCCCACUAUUCUGUAAACUCUACAGUGUUUUAGCGCAGUCUGGUGUCCCCGGCCACAUCUGUAUGUGUCCCCGCAGCUGUUGAGGACUUUUCUCUGGGCCAACAUGGCGGGGGUGAUCCGGAGGCUCGAUGAGACCGUGGUCAACAGGAUCGCAGCGGGAGAAGUCAUCCAGCGUCCUGCCAACGCUGUCAAGGAGAUGCUCGAAAACUGUUUGGACGCCAAGGCCACCAGCAUCCAGGUGACGGUGAAGGACGGAGGCCUGAAGCUCCUCCAGAUCCAGGACAACGGCACCGGGAUCAGGAAGGAGGACAUGGAGAUCGUCUGUGAGAGGUUCACCACCAGCAAACUCCAGACCUUUGAGGACCUUGCAGCUAUUGCAACCUAUGGCUUCAGAGGAGAGGCUCUGGCCAGCAUCAGCCACGUGGCUCAUGUGACCAUAACCACCAAGACAGCUGAUGCAAAGUGUGCUUACAGGGCCAACUACAGUGACGGGAAACUGAAGGCCCCCCCCAAACCCUGUGCUGGGAACCAGGGGACCCAGAUCCUGGUGGAGGACCUCUUCUACAACGUGGCCACCAGAAGGAAGGCGCUGAAGAGUCCGGCGGACGAGUACUCCAGGAUCGUGGAGGUGGUGAGCAGGUACGCCGUCCACAACUCUGGGAAAAGCUUCUCCGUGAAGAAGCAAGGAGAGACGGUGGCCGACGUCAGGACGCUGCCCGGCGCCUCCGUGGUCGACAACAUCCGCAGCGUCUUCGGCAACGCCGUCAGCAGGGAGCUGAUCGAGGUCGGCUGUGAGGAUCCCAAGCUCGGCUUCACCAUGAAAGGCUACGUCUCCAACGCCAACUACUCUGUGAAGAAAUGCAUCAUGGUCCUGUUCAUCAACCACCGGCUGGUGGAGUCGAGCGCUCUGAAGAAAGCCGUGGAGACGGUGUACGCCGCGUAUCUCCCCAAGAACACCCACCCCUUCCUGUACCUCAGCCUGGAGAUCGCUCCUCAGAACGUGGACGUGAACGUCCACCCCACCAAACACGAGGUGCACUUCCUGCACGAGGACGGCGUGAUCGAGAGCGUCCAGAAGCACGUGGAGAGCAAGCUGCUGGGCUCCAACUCCUCGCGGACCUACUUCACCCAGACGCUGCUGCCGGGGCUGUCGGUGUCCGGCGGGGCCGAAGCGAAGGCCUCCGGCUCCACGGCGGAGCCCGGCGAGCGCGUCUACGCCCACCAGAUGGUGAGGACCGACUGCCGCGCCCAGAAGCUGGACGCCUUCCUGCAGCCGAAGGAGAAGACGCCCCCUGAGCCGGCCGGACCCAGCGGGGCGCAGGAGGAGGCCGGAGCCGCUGGGCCGGACAGCGUGGAGGUGGAGGAGGUGGAGGACAGCGACAUGCUGGAGGCUGUGCAGGAAGGCGAGGAGGAGAGCGGCGCCGCUGAGGAUGGAAGGAGGAAGCGACCCAGAGAGGAGGCGGCGGCGGCGGUGGGCGACGACAAGGAGGGGCUGACGGCGGCGGCCACGCCCCGCAGACGGCAGAUCAAGCUGACCAGCAUCAGGGAGCUGAGGGCGGAGAUCACGGAGAACACGCACAAAGGUCUGCAGGAGAUGCUGCAGAAGCACUCGUUCGUGGGCUGCGUGGAUCCGCAGUGGACCCUGAUCCAGCAUCGCACCAAGCUCUACCUGCUGGACACCACCAAGCUCAGCCAGGAGCUCUUCUACCAGAUCCUCGUCUACGACUUCGGGAACUUCGGCGUCCUCAGACUGUCGACUCCGGCGCCGCUGUACGAGCUGGCCAUGCUGGCGCUGGACUCUGAGGAGAGCGGCUGGACGGAGGAGGACGGGCCCAAAGAGGGCCUGGCUCGGUACAUCGUGGACUUCCUGCAGAAGAAGGCGGAGAUGCUGGAGGACUAUUUCUCCAUGGAGAUCGAUCAGGAGGGGAACCUGACGGGUCUGCCGCUCCUGCUGGACAAAUACACGCCCAUCAUGGAGGGCCUGCCCAUGUUCGUCCUCCGCCUCGCCACCGAGGUCAACUGGGACAACGAGAAGGAGUGCUUCAGAGACUUCAGCAGGGAGUGCAGCGCCUUCUACUCCGUCAGGAAGCGCUACGUCCUGGAGCCCGAGCCCGGGGACGAGCCGGAGGGCGAGGCGAGCUCCUGGCGCUGGAAGGUGGAGCACAUCCUCUUCAGAGCCUUCCGGAGCCUCUUCAGCCCGCCGAAGGCGUUCAGCGAGGACGGCGCCGUGCUGCAGAUCGCAGACCUGCCCGACCUCUACAAGGUGUUUGAGCGGUGCUGAGAGCGGGCCGACCCACAGAACCACACCAGAACCUCACAUGCUGCUGUUUUAUACCCGAAACACUCGUUCUGUAAAUAAAUUUAUACCCAACACGA